AUGUUGCUUCCGUUGAUACUUCUUACCUUAGCGGUAAGAAGUGAAGCAACGCCUUCAGUCUAUGCAUGUCCAUUUGUUCCUCUUGGAAUAAUGCCAGGUAUCGACUUCCGAAUGGGAGAAGACUGCCCACGUGACUCUUUUCUGCAUUACUACGCCUGUUGCGACGAUAAUCCAUACCAAUGCUGCUUCCAUUUCGAAACCUGGGCUAUAGUGAUGUUCGCCAUUAUUUGCAUUGGAGCGCUAGCAGCGAUACUCUUCUGUUCUGGACGUUUGCUGCUUCAACAAAGAGAAAGAGUAGUAGAGCGACAGAUGUAUUGA